UGUUACUUCCUGUAUGGAGGCAUGGCCAGUUUCCAGCCCCGCGCUCCCCGUUCCUCCCCAGCCUGCGCCAGAGCCACAACUUUCAGGAGCAUGGACUGAAGGCGCCCUGGCCCCAGCACCCCUCUGAGAUCCUUUGUGUUUUUCUCCGUUUCCUCCGGCCGUUUCUAUUUCGGAGGGGGCUCUUCGCUUCCCCCGCCUCUCCCCUCCCCUUCCCCGCUCGCAAACAUGCCUCCUUCCUUCCCUGGGCCCUGGAAAGAGCUGCCUGCCUGAAGCCCGGAGACGCCGCGCCGCGCUCAGCCCCGCCGCCGCCCGCCGGCUCUAGGGCUGCGCUGCGCUGCCGACUCAAGUUGGGGAUCCUCGGCCGCUCUCCGCCGCCGCCUGCGGUCCCUGCCUGCCCCCGGCCCCGGGCAUCGCCGCCGCCCUCGGACUCGUCGCCUUUCUCGCUCGGCGUUCUCCUUUUUGAGCGGAAAGCAGUCCUUCUCGACUGAGGAUCGUCCCCAGCGUGGCUCUGCGUUCCCGGUCACUUUUUGAGGUUUUUCGGGGACACUCGGCGGCUUCCCGGAUUCCAGGGGCGAUUGGACCUCUGAGCGCUGGGGGCCCGUAGAACGGUCGAGCAGGGGAAGAGCCCGGGCUUAGCGGAGGCUCACACGGAGGCAAGAACUUAUUCAACAAGUUUACCCCCCCUGCCUUUCUCUUUUCGAUGUGCGUUUUCGGACAUGCGGAGGUUACUGGAACCGUGUUGGUGGAUUUUGUUCCUGAAAAUCACCAGUUCAGUGCUCCAUUAUGUCGUGUGCUUCCCCGCGCUGACAGAAGGCUACGUUGGGGCCCUGCAGGAGAGCAGACACGGGAGCUCAGCGCAGAUCCGCAGGCGCAAGGCUUCAGGGGACCCUUACUGGGCCUACUCUGGUGCGUAUGGGCCUGAGCACUGGGUGACAUCUAGUGUCAGCUGCGGGGGCCGUCACCAGUCUCCUAUAGACAUCUUAGACCAGCAUGCCCGCGUUGGGGAAGAGUACCAGGAGCUGCAACUCGAUGGCUUCGACAAUGAGUCUUCUAACAAAACCUGGAUGAAAAACACGGGGAAAACAGUUGCCAUCCUUCUAAAGGACGACUAUUUUGUCAGCGGUGCUGGCCUCCCUGGCAGAUUCAAGGCUGAGAAGGUAGAAUUUCACUGGGGCCACAGCAACGGCUCCGCGGGCUCUGAACACAGCAUCAACGGCAGGCGGUUUCCUGUUGAGAUGCAGAUUUUCUUUUACAAUCCAGACGACUUUGACAGCUUUCAAACUGCAAUUUCCGAAAACAGAAUAAUUGGAGCCAUGGCCAUAUUUUUUCAG